AUGAUCCUCUUACCAAUUUUAUUGGCCCUAGCAAAAUCUGCCACUGCCAAUCCUUCCUCAUCAGAUGACUCGCCUUACCUCCCAAACCGCUUCAUUGUUGAGUUUGAAGAUCCUCCAGCCCUUUCAAAACGUUCCCUUUUAGGUGAUCCAGCAGAUGCAUUUGUUGGUCUUUUAACUGCCCGUGGCCAUGCUCUCUCAGCAUCAACCGCAUUCUCCUAUAAUGAAGCUGAUGAAAUCUUUGCAGGAGCUUCAAUCAAUGCAGACCACCCUUACGACUCGGACCAAGACCUCCUGGCCCAACUUAAACUCUAUCCUGAAGUCAAAAAUGUCUGGCCCGUGCGUCGCCUUAAAACAAUGACGUCCACCUAUUCACCAACAGAUUCCUCAGAUUACCCUCAAGGUUCUACUACUACUACCAUCCCUGACUUUAACUCAAACUCCUCCCAACAUUACCCACAAUGGUCCUCCCAUUCAGUAACAGGUGUAGACAUCCUUCAUAGUCAAAAUAUUACAGGAAAGGGUAUCACCAUUGGUAUCAUUGACUCUGGUACUUACUUUCUUGAUCCCGUUUUAGGCGGUGGUUUUGGUUCUGAUUAUAAGGUUGCUGGCGGCUGGAACUUUUUUGGCAAUGUCUACGACCCUUCCAUCCAAGGUUAUGGAGUCCCCAACAAUAAUACCCUAGAUACUCUUGGCCAUGGCUCCUUUGUAGCCGGAGUUGCUGCUGCCGCUGAAAAUUCUGAUUUUGUCGGAGUCGCCCCAGACGCUUCAAUCAUGUCCUACCGUGUUUUUGCUUCAACAGAAUCAACCAGCGAAGACGUUGUUCUUGCUGCCCUCCAACGUGCUUAUACUGAUAAUGUCGAUGUCAUUAAUCUCUCCAUUGGCUCAGACGGUGGUGGCUUCCCUGGUAAUGCCCUCAGUCUGGUUGCUGACCGUAUUGCUGCUACAGGUAUUGUUGUUGUCUCCUCAGCUGGAAAUUCAGGUACAGGAGGCCCCUUUGAAGGAAAUAAUGCCGCCACUGGUAACCUCACACUCUCAGUCGGAUCAACCUCCACUGGUCAAAUUGUUGGCUACGAGGCCGUAGCCAUUGCCUCUUCUGGUGACGAGUACCGUUUCACUUUUACACAACCUAAAGGUGUCCAGCUUAAUGUCACGGGAUCCUUUGAUUUGACUGUUGUAAAUACAAAUGCAUGUGUUGCUUCCCCAGACUCUGGGGAUUCAUCCACUGCAAUCAUUUUCCCCCAAGGGAACUGCACUGGAUAUCCGUUCUACCAUGCAACACAUGACCUAGGCUAUGGCCUUGUGCUUUCUUACCAGGAUACAGACACAAAUUCUUUGGCCUCUGCUGCCACGGCUCCAACCCAAUACUUUGAGGACUCGGUUUUCCGACUCAACGUGGAGCCUGGGCUUGGUCAAUGGGUAGAAUCACAGGUAAAACAGGGUCACUCAGUGUCACUUGGUUUUGACGAUUCUUCCAAAACUCCCAGAUCUCUCGUCACCUCAAAGGCAAUUAACCUCUCCUACUUUUCUUCACUGGGCCCUGACUACUCAGGAAAUCUUUACCCGCUGGUCUCGGCUCCUGGUGAAAACAUCUACUCUACCUGGCUCAACUAUUCGCGUUCCGUCCAAGAAGGAACCUCCUUCUCUGCUCCUUAUGUCACUGGUCUUGUGGCUCUCUACCUCCAAUCUCUUGGUGGAAGACCCGCUAAUGACUCUACUUUUGUUCCAGGCUUGCGCUCCCGUCUUAUCCAAACUGCUUCGGCACUUACCCUUGAUGACGGUACCUUGGCUCCACUAAUUGGUCAAGGUGCCGGUCUUAUUAAUGCUACAGCUUUUGUCAAUACAAAAUCUGUCUUUACCACCUCACCUAUCCUCAACUUUGGCCUCAACUCUUCCGCCACAACUAAUUCGGUUUCAAUCUCACUCUACAAUGGCAACGAUGACCCAGUUACUUAUACUUUUUCCCAUGCUCAUGCUUCAACCAUUCUCGCAAAGUCCUCAGCAGGCCGCAUCUUUGGCUACUACCAACCUACUGUCCAGGCUACCGCUAAUGUCACGUUUGACACUUCUUCAAUCACCAUCCAGGGCCACUCGGCCGCAUCCUUGCUCGUCUCGGUAGGAAUCCCGGACUCAGUCCAGGCUUCCUACUCUCCCAUUUUCCAGGGCAAGCUUGUGGCCUCAGGCUCUAAUGGUGAACAAGUCUCGCUCCCCUAUAUUGCGACCGUCACUGAUAAUUACAAGGUCUUUUCAGACGAACAUCAACCAGUCUUUAUCUACAAUGGGAACGAGGCUGCAGUCCUCACUCAAAAGUCUCAAGAUGAUCUCACUGACAAUAUUCCUCUGUUAAACUCGUCCUCAAAUGCUGUUCUCUACUCACCCCUCCUCGCUGGUGUUUCCCAAUAUUCGGUCGCUGUCGUUGCUGAAAACUAUAACUUUACAUUGCCCAUUACAAAUGGCCAAGCUGGUGUUGUUACCCAACUCACUGGGUUCCCCGUCACGCAAAUGUCACGCUCUCUUGCUGGUUUCUAUGCAAGAGUCUCGGUCCCUGGCAUCCCCUCUGGUACUUAUCGUAUGCUUGCUGCAGCCCUGCCAGCCAUUCCAAACCUCGUGGCCAACCAAACAACCACUGACGACUGGCAGGUGUGGCUCUCAACACCGUUUAAGUAUAAUUCCACAGGAGCUGCCACUGUAUCGGGGGCUCGUAGUGCAUUGGCUGCAGACCUUGGCACUGACCUGGGCGGUAUUCUAGUACUACAACCGUCACUACGCUCUGCUAACUCAAACAAUACAAUUAACAUUGCCCCCCGUGACACACUACAGGUGUCAAUUCCAUUCCAGGCUCUCAAUGGGUUCAAGGUUGGGUUCAAGUUUAACGUGACACUACCUUCACAGUUUACCAAUUUCCCAGACACUUUUAAAGUCUACCAGCGGUCGGGUAAGGCCAUUCUGAGUGUUUCUAUCAAUAAUACAACCAACAUUCUACAAGCUACUGUUUUAGCAGACCCUCAGAAAACUCUCAUCACUGGAUCCAUUAUUUUUGGCUGUGGUCUUAAAAACCCAGACCAGUAUACUCAGCAUACUCAACUACCAAUCCUCUUUUACUCACCCAAUUUCCCACGUUACUGGAGUACUAGCAUUCUGGACCUUGCACCUGCAGAUUCCGCAUUCCCCUCACUUGCCACAUCUUCAUCCGCAACAUUGCCUGCCGUGUAUGCUUAUGUUCCUGCUGCAUUUACUGGCUGGUCCAAUUUAUCGUUAAAUGUGACUAUUCCUGGUUACAGUUUUGAUUGUUCCUCAGUGUCUGCACUACAAUCAUUGCAACUUGCAUUUAAUGAUACUACAUCUCAGUCUCAAUUUGCUGCAUUUUCAGUUGCAUCAUGUUCAGCAGGUGCCGCCCAAAUUGUCUUGGAAAACCCGCCCCAAUCGGGACAAAAUGUGAGAGUAGAACUCCCACUACGCACUGCGGGACCACUUAUACUUAAACAAGUGCCCAUUGUAGGAUCCUUUUCAGGACAACUUGCAGGCUCGACAAGUUUUUCAUACAGCGUGGCCCAAAAAUUAAAUAAUGUAGGGCUUGCAAGUUAUUCUAAACCAAUGUCUGGACAUCCUAAACUGGUGGUUAGUUCUUCAAGUUGA